ACAGUCUUACAAAAUUCAAGUAACAAGAAAUAUAAAGCAUCUUAUGUCACGAAGCUGGAAGAAUUAUUUUGGAUUUGCACCCGAUCGCGAAAGAAUACCUUACGUUACUUCCAUGAUUGAAUCUUCUCUUAUUUCGAAUACUACGGGACUUCAAUCAUUAUUUUCUACAAUAAAUAUCGAACCACAAUCAUUUAUUGUCCAAGUUGAUACAGAUCAAAG